CCCAGCAGGCUCACAGAGUGGUUGCAAGUUACAAACCUUCGAAGUUUGACAAAAAAAUCCUCAUCUGGACUGGGCGUUUCAAGACAGAGGAAGAGAUUCCUCAGAGGAUCCCGCCAGAGAUGCUAGACAGGGCAAGAAACAAAGCUCGAGUUAAAGCUUGUUACAUCAUGAUUGGACUCUCCAUCAUUGCCUGUUUUGCAGUGAUUGCCUCAGCUAAGAAGGCUGCUGCACGUCACGAGUCCUUAACAAGCUGGAACUUGGCAAAGAAGGCCAAGUGGCGGAAGGAGGCUGCACUAGCAGCAGAGGCAAAGACCAAGUAA